UUUAUGAAGAACUGUAUCGCACUGGGCAGUUUGAGGAGAUGACCCUCUUAACUGAUGAAGAUGAGCACAGUAUAGAAAUGCACUUGCCAUUUGUAGCAAAAGUAAUGGAAAACCAUCAAUUUACCAUUGUGCCUGUAAUGGUUGGAUCCUUGACAACAGAGAGAGAAAAUGUUUAUGGGGAAAUUUUUAGUCGUUACUUAGCUGAUCCAAGUAAUCUCUUUGUCAUUUCUUCUGACUUUUGUCAUUGGGGUGCUAGAUUUCACUAUCAAUUCUAUGACAAAUCAUGGGGGCAAAUCUAUCAGUCCAUUGAGAAAUUAGAUGAAAUGGGUAUGAAUAUCAUUGAAGAAAUGUCUCCUACUGGAUUCGCUGCAUAUUUGAAAAAGUAUGGAAACACAAUAUGUGGUCGACAUCCAAUUGGUGUGCUGUUAAAUGCAGUAUCCUCAUUACAGCAGCUUGGAAAUGGAAUCAAGCCAUCUCUAAAAUUUCUGAAAUAUGCUCAGUCUAAUAAGUGCCUUAAUAAUUAUGAUUCUUCUGUGAGCUAUGCUGCUGCUUCCCUGGUAUUUGCUUGAUAGUAGCAAUUAUGUAGAAAGGAAUUAACUGAAUUUUUAUGAGAAGCAUUUUUAAUUUGAUAGCUGGUUUUGGUAAAUGCCUUGCAAUACAUAAUCAAGGGAUUGGUACUACUCAUGGGCAUCUGUAUCUUUUACGUUGAGGGAGAUAGUGUAUGUUCUGCAAGUAUAUAUAUUUGAUUUGUCAACAUUUGCUAGAAAGAAAAAAUAUAUUUUUUGUAUUGCUCUUUCUGUGUUUGCUAUUUUGUAAUAAAAAAUCGUCAGAUAAAAUUUGAUGAAGUUUGUAAAAAAACGAAAAAAAUAUUGUGUGCUUCAAGUACACAACUUUUACUUUUUGCCAUUUAUUUAGUUUAGUCUGAAAUUUUCUCAUUCAAGAAAUUGAAAUUUAAUUUUGGAAUUUGGAAUAUACAAUGUCAAGUCUUACAAAACCUUGUGAUGAAAAUUUCUCACAAUUAUAAUAAUAAUUAUUAUCUUUUUUUAUUAUUAUUAUUUUUAUUUUUUGAGAUGAUUUUCAUUAUUGUGAAUAUUUGUAAAAGUUCUGCUUAGAAGCUAGUCACAGUACUAAUGCCCUCUUAAAUUGCUUGUUUAUGAAUAACCACAGAAUAAAUUUCAAUCUCAAAAAGCAACUAAAUGCACGAUUUAUCCAAUUAUUUUUAAAUGGAUCACAACAUUGCCUGAAAACCCAAUAUUUUGUAUUGCUAGUGUUAUUACUAAUAUGGAAACAUGCAAAAUUAUAAUCAGCUGUACGCUAAAGAAUGAAAAGUGGUAAAUAUACUAAAAACUAAGAUACAUGUCUAAGACAUUGGGAACAAAUUCAUUAUGCAUCAAAUUUGUUGAUUCAUAAUUCAAUGGUAAUUUCUCAACAGAAAAUCAAAUAUGUAGAACAAAAUUUAUUCAUCAAUUUGCAUAUUACUGAUAAGUUUUGAACUUGUAAAAAAAUAGGGGGAAAAUAUUUUAGAAUCAGUUGAAUAUUGAGUGAAAACAGGCUUUUUUCUUUUUCUUUUUAAAAAGUAAAUUUUGAAGUCUGCUGAAUAUGUUAUUGUUGCUAUGUUAGAGUACAAAGCAUGCUUCAAAAUUUUUCAACAGGUGCUGUGUACUAAACUUCUGCAACAGAACACACGACAGCAGACACAGAGCUUAGUAUUCCAACAAAAUAAAAUAGAUUACUCUCUGAACGUAGUAAAAAUUAGUUUUUGUGGGUUGUAACAUUCAACUUAGAAAAUUAAAAGUUAAGAAUAAAUUGCUUUUUUUAAAAAAGGCAAGUGAUUCUGAUUCAGAGAGAGAUCGUUUGUCCUGUGAGAAAGAAGGGAAGUUUUGUAUCGUCAGAAAAUGAAAAGAUAUAUGUUCAGAAUAUCUAUUUCUUUUUUCCUUUAUCGCAGCUGGUCUUUUUUGCCCCUAAAGGUCCGUUUUUUUAGUUUCACAUCUUUAAAAGGCCGUUUCAAUAUCCAGUCCUUUUUUAUUUUUCCUUAAAAAUUUCAGUUUCAGUUCGAUUUUUCUUUGUAACCUAUUUUAUUCCUUUGCAUUUUAUUUCUGAAAAAUAAAUAAGUAAAUAAAAUGUUGUUCACAGUCCUAACCAUAAAAAUUUUUGAAAUUUGAAGAAAAUGGGGUGCAACAGUUAAGAGUUUGAAUUUUAUUAGUAGGUGUAAUAAAUUCAUUCAACUUAGUUUCUUGUUCUGGGCAAAGUAAUUUUAAUUUAAAAAAAAAAUCAUUUCUCAUCCUGUCCAUGGGUGAAAAUUGACCAGUUAUGAAUAAUUGGCAAAGUGACAUUCCCAGUUACUGCCUAUUGGCCAUUUAAUCUUCAGAAGUUAAAUGUCCUGUUUCUUUCUUGAGACAAACUAAAAUUUUGUUGGAGCCCUAAUACCAUAAAAAGAAGGUAAAAUAUUUGUUAAUAAUCUUUUUUUUUCUGUUGUACUUAAUCUUUUCAACAUUUUUUUUUCUUUCAAUCACAAUGUUUUGAUAAUUUUACUGCAAAACAUCUCAAUGGACUCGAAUCUUUUAGCAUACAGUUUAAAUUCCUGCAAAUUAUAAUAACAUAAUUUCUUAAACAUUUAAUGUAUUAAGUAACUAAGGUAGAUAUAAUAAUAAUGGUGGUAGAUUUCAUGCUUUUGCUAUUAAAAAUGGACUAAACUCCUUUUUUUUCAAUGAAUAUUUACAAAAUGAUUAUUCUGGAUUAUUUGUUAAAUUUCAACUUCUGGAGAAUGUUAUCAUCAUAAACGAAACAAUGUUUUGCUGUUAAACAAAACAUGACAAUUUUGAUAAAAUAUACUGGUGUUUAAGGUAAUAGAAAAUAUUUGUUGUAAUUCUGUUUUAUAGAUAGUUUGACACUUUUCUUAAACAUAUGGGUUACACAUUUUCUAGAUAUUUGGAAGAAAAAAUCAAACUUAUGUUGUUAGUAUUGUAUAUUGUGAUAUGUCAAAGAGACCUGAAUAAAUGAUGUCUUAGAAAAUUCCGAAAACUCAAGCAAUUCUAUUCCUCAAAAUAAAGUAUUAGGCUGCAAAAAAUGCUUCAAGACGAUGCAUGUUUCUAGUACUGCUAUUUAUCCUCAACGAAUUGUAACUAGUUGUUAAAAGUAGAAUCUUUGAAGGGGGGGGGCAUCUAUUUCGAAGGGGUACUUUUCUGUUAGCCGGGGGCAAGCGAAAAUCUACAAAUGAUUACGCUCAACGGCAAACGAUUAUUUGCCAAAUUGAUGUAGAAAUCCCCCAAUUUUUUUACAACCCUUGUUGGGCAUAUUUGCUUGGCAAAUUAUCGCUUGGCAUUAUCAUUUGGCGAAUUAUCGCUUGUGCCCGGCUACCCAAAAAAAGACCUCAUUAAAUCAUUUUAGGUGUGAAAUCCGUAACAAAGAGUCAGAUCAACGUAAAUCACAUAUUUGCAACUUUACAGGAGAGAGGAAAAAAUAUUGUCUGGCGUGUGCAAAAGAUGCGCUCUUUUAACACUGGUAAAUAAUUACAAAGGAUUUUUUUUUAAGAAUUACGUCAGUUUUCAAUACGGAGCAGGAUUCGACUUACAAUGCGCUAAUAAACAGAAAAUCGCAAUUUUUGAACUUACGCCAGUCUGGUUCCGGUACAGAAAUUUGCACACUAAAAUAGUUGCUGGAACACAUCUUUCUCAAAAUUAACCUUUAACUUAAAAACCAUAUGCUUAAAUGCAGUGUUCCUGAUAGAACACAAGAAUCGCUGACUUUAAAUGUAAUCUCACGCAGUCAAGUUUUGAUGCAGGAUUUUCUUGCCAUUUGGUCACACCUGUUAACUUAAAUCUUUUAAUAGCAAGUAAAAAAGAAAGGAAGAUAAACAUUCAUACAAUGCAGAAAAGUUGGAACGACAAUUUUCAAGAUAGCCAUUUUGCAGAAAUUGAAUUGUACUUUAUUUAUCUUUACUGCUGAGGUACCCCUCCCCCCCCCCCCCCCCCAAAGAACAAGACUCUCUUCCAAAAAUUUAAAAAAAUUCCCCUGAAAUCAACCCCCAUUAAAAAUUUCAAUGACUUGGUCUGGGCCGUAACUUUCCUCCUAAGGUGGUCACCCCUGUUACUGAUUCUCUUCUACACUCUGAUUUAUUUUAGUUAUGUUUAUUGAUCUGUUAAAACUCGCCCAAAAUGAUUAAUACAUUAAAAGUUAUAUUAUCCAAAAAAUAAUUGAAACCGCAAAUUUUGAAAAGGGGGAUGAUUUUAAAUUUUAGUUACCAACUCAACAAAAAUUGUGAGUGCCAAAACGCACUUCUCUUCUCAUACAUGAGUAAAAAAAACUACAUUUCCAUAUUUGAAAUUGUUUAUUACACGUUGCUUUCAAAAAUAUUUCUCUUUAACCUCACCCCAAAAAAAUAAUAAAAAAGGCUUUUCCAAGUGGUGUGACUGAAUGAUCUUUUGAUUUUACAAGUUCAAACGAAAAUGGCGGAUCAAAAAGGAAUUAAUUACAAAAAAGUAGAAGAUUAAAACUUGCAUUGUUCUGUAUUCAAAGGAUUUAGGAUAACAUUUAACAUGCUCUGUAUAAAUUUAUAUAAACAUUUGCACUAACAAAAAUCUUUUAAUUUAGAAACUGACAAACUUCAAUAAAACGUCCAUUUAAAAAAAAAAUAAUAAUAAAAAGAAAAUGAAUUUGAAUUCUGAAAUUUUGAAUCCAAAUUAUGUUUUUCGCAAUCACGAACUGAGACAGGACCCUACUCAUUGGAGUUAUUGUUUCUAGAAAUGGCUCCUGGCCCCCCCAAGCCUGCCUCUCCUCCUGGGUGGUUACGUGUGCAUAGUUGUGUGUGUGCGUAGACCUGUGUGUAUGCACAUAGGCGUGUGUGAAGUCGCGUGUGUAUAUGUGUGUGAACGUGCGUGUGUGUAGGACAUGGAUGCCUCCGACCAGGAGAUCGGAUAGCUCAAAACCGGAGCCGCCGCGCCGCCAGCAGAGGACAGUGGGCGGUGGUGCUGCAAAGGCUUCUGGUCCAAGUUGAAAAAGGCACGGACACCAAAAACGGUCAAAUGAGAACAAUAAGCAAUCGUGAUUGCUCAAAAAAAUCCUUUGAUUGAAGUGCCGGACAAUUUUCUGUCAUAUUUCAAAUGUGAAACCUGUAAUAUUUUUCACAAUUACAAAACAGUGGGUAGUUAUACUUAGUCUUUAAGUGAUGUAAUCUUUUGUGGAAUACAUAUUAAAAAAAAAUCAAUUUUUAAAAAUCUCACUCAUAGUUCAACUGAGGGCGAGAUUUGCUUACCCACUUUUUCCCUUGUAAUGGAAACCCUAAAUGCAUUUAUUUUUUAAGCAAUAAACUUUAUGAGGGGAUAAGAUUCUUUCUUCUUUUAAAAUCUUAUAUUUAUGCAUCUAUCCACCUUUUUUCAUAAAUCAAAAUUUUAUUUUAUGAAGCAUUAAAAAUAGUAAGAGUCAAAAAUAGCCUCGGAAAGGUCUUCAAACUAAUCCAGCAAUGUUACAUACAAAUUUGUACAUAAUUUGGAUCAAUAUAAACAUUC